CAAGGCAAACAUUAGCUGGACGGCUAAGCUAACAGAUCUGAUAGAUAAUCUUGCAGCUAUGCUUUAAUCUCCACUUGGCUUCGCCACAGAGUUAAAUAAACGUGCAAAUAAGUUUAUUAGAUCUCUCGAAUCUCGUAUAUAACUGCCAGUUGUUAGUCUGCGCCUCGCUAAGUCUAAAUCAGGGCCAAAGACAUCCUCCUUCUCCCAUUUGGAUCAGCUCUGUCAGUAACUCUGUUAGGAUUAAUACACAGCCGGCAUGGCUGACUUUGGGUUUAAUGAACAGCAUCAGAAUGAAGUCAUCAAUUACAUGCGAUUUGCACGUUCAAAAAGGGUCCUGAGGCUCAAGACUAUUGACUCAUGCUUUGAGGAACUCAAAGAUAGCAGGCUGGUGGAGGAAACGUACACGGUGGACGAGGUGAAGGAGAUGCUGGAUGGGCUGCAGAUGGUGGUACGCGGGGAGGUGGAGAUGGAGCUUAUCAACACGGCUCACACGAAUGUGCUGCUGCUCAGGCAGCUCUUCUCCCAGGCUGAAAAGUUUUACCUUCGACUACAGAGUGAUAUCUCAGAACUGGAAAACAGGGAACUGUUAGAGCAAGUGGCUGAAUUUGAGAAGACUGACUUCAAAACAUUGAAUAAGACCAACCAGGAAGCAAGCAAACCCAAGUUGGCCCCGCUGAAUGAAGGUGGGGUGUCCACACUCCUUAACAAGGAGAUAACCAGGCUACAGGAGGAAAAUGACAAGCUGAAAUCCAGGCUGCGGACUCUGGAAUCGCAAGCCAUGAGUGCGCUGGAUGAGAGAACCAAAGCCGAGAGGGCCCUGAAAGACCUUCAGACCGUGCAGGGUGAACAGCAGCUGGCUGCGCAAUUGCAGGAGCUCACCUGUCUAGAGGGCACAGUGGCAGCUCUGAAAGAGGACUAUGAAAAAAACCUUUGUGCUAACGCCGCAAGCCAGAAAGGUUUGCAGGAGAACUUGAUUACGGCCAAACAUGAGCUUCUGCGAGUCCAGGAGCAGCUGUCCUUGGCAGAGAAGGAGUUGGACAAAAAGUUCCAGCAAACUGUGGCGUACCGUAACAUGAAAGAAAUUCUAACCAAGAAAAAUGAGCAGAUCAAAGAAAUUAGAAAACGAUUGCAAAGAUAUGAGCCCAAUGAGUGAGUUUAACAGGUGUCGCCAGUACAACAACAGAAAUGUGUGACUGUGGUGCACAAGAAGCUGUCAGUUCCACGAAUGUGAGAGAAGACAGAAACCAGCACUUCCACAAGAAGUUGUUUUUUUCAUGCUUUACCUGGCAUCUUCUUCAUAUACUGACUUUGGCAAAGAGCAGGAACUGGAGGGUUGGCUGCAAACACAACUGAAUAUCCCAAAUAAUUAGUGAAAACGGUAUUUUUUCCUCCCUUUUUUUGUCUCAGUUCGCUUACAGUAGCUAGACUUCCCUCAAUGCUCUAUGCAACGCUAACUCGUCCCUGUUUGAAGAGGCCUUGUCUGUUUGCUGAAUUAGACAGAUUCGUACUGUCUGUCUGAAGCUUUGCAGUUAUUUAUCAGAUAGGCAACACUUCUAGCUCUGGGUAAAUAAUUACUGAUUAUUUUCUGAUUUAGUCCUAGUUUUAGUUACCCAUAUUGUAAACUAGAUGAGUGAGACCAAAUUAAGAAGAAAUUCCGAGCUACUUUGCUUAAUCUUGACCCUUGUAUGCUUUGAUUUGCCUCUUUACACAUUUAAAAGCAUUUCUAACAAAAAAACAUAUUUUUAAUGAUCUGACAUUGUUCAAAAGUCUAAUCAUAGAAAUAUAUUCUAAAUUAUUAUAUCCAUUAUUUCUGCUCUUGCAUCUAGAUCUAGAAGUAUUUUCUAGUUCCCGUUUCCUCACCUCGGAGGGCCUAGAGUAUUUUUGUCUGAAAUUUAAUAUACUUUUCUUAUUGCUGUGGGUGGAGUGUCAAAAAAAUCUCUAUAUACAUGAUGUUCAUGAAAAAAUGCUCUUGCAGAGUGUGACACAUCCACUCUAUAUUACACUAGCUGUGCAUUUGUCUGGAUUGUGUAAAAUAUGGGGUAAUAAAAACUGUAAUGAAAUACAUAU